AUGAACUAAAACUAUCUUUAUCUUCCUUCUGACAAAAUAGAUUAAUAUUUGUCAAACAUGGAAAAAGAAUUCAUAAAAAGUGAAGAGGAAUGCAAAUUUUAAAAUGAGAUGUAUACCAUGAAAAAAAUAGAUAACAUUGACUCUUUAUUUGAACUUUAUCACAAACUCAUAAGAUUUGACUUGUUUUUUUAGAAUUAAUUCAGCCAAAAGGCUUCAACUAUUAUUUCAGAUAAAAAGCUGAGAUCAACAAACAUUCAACAGUUCAAAGAGAUGUUUCUUAAAAGAAUGAAAGAUGAAAUCAGAAAUCCCGAAUAUAAAAAUGAAGAAUCAAUAUUUUAAUUUUUGGUUUAAAGAUCUUCCGAUAAUGAAAUAAUUUAAAAAAUAGGCAUGUCAAUUUUCAAAGAAGUUUUGAGCAACAACCCAGAUAUGCUUCUUAUCUUUAAAGAUAUUUUUGGAUAUAAACCUUGCACAGACUAUGAGAUCUAUAGUUAUUUAGACUGCUAGCUUGCUGGAUCUAUAACUAUUUAAGAAAAUAGCGAUAAAAAGCUUGUAUUUAAAGCUGAUUUAACUCAUUUCCGAGAUAAGCUUUAUAUUAAAGACUGUAUGUAGCUUGUUAAAAGCGUGCUAGUUUUCUCUUUUAUAUUUGAUAUGAUAAUGCAUGUUCUAUUCACUCUAUCUGGUAAAGUAUUUGAGUACAAUUAUAACUUAAGCCUGCUUUGUCGCGAGAAUUGUUCUGGGAUAACACACUUGAAGGGAAUAUUAAAUUAAGCUUAAAAGUGUUAUUAUACUAUCAAAUUAAUAGAAUAAUAAGCUGAAUAUGACGAACAAGAUAUAAAGCUUUGA